GGAGAGCGCGAGAGGCGCGAGACAGCGAUGGCCAGUACUGGUACUUCUGCGUGGGAUUCGAAUGUUUAUUCGUAGUUGAUCCUAAAUGCUGAGACCAGUGGCCUAGCCAGUCCUCAAAGAUUUGCACGACUUGCGUGUGUCAGCCCAUAACCAGUAGGGGUGUUCGAGACACCUUCAUAUCCUCAGUGACGAAAUGGGUGAUGAGACCGAAUACCUAAAGCUUUCCAUCGAGGACAGGUGUCAACAUAAGCUGUGGAAAGCUCGCGUGAGCGGCUACGAAGAUGCGGGCAAACUUUUCUCCACCCUUACGGAUCCCAAAAGCCCGGAGUUCCAAAAAUUUCUUCCUCUGGUGAAGAACUUUGUAUCUGACAGCAACGCAGCUGCCCAGGAGAAAGGAUUGUCAGCUGCCUUGCUCUUUGUGGAGAAUGCAGCCUCGGCAGUACGGAUCUGCGGGGACAUUUUGGGCGCCAUUGUAGCCAAGUGCCUGGCUGCCCCAAAGCCCAAGACAAGAGAAUUGGCCCAGGAGAUUGUACUCACAUAUGUGGAACUGGAAAAGCAGGAAGCUGUCGUGGAGGAACUUGGAAAAGGCUUGGAGAACAAAAACCCGAAGAUUGUGGCCGCCUCAGUGUCCAUGCUGCGUCAGUGUCUGCACCUCUUUGGAUCCAGAGUGAUCACCGUCAAGCCUCUCUUUAAGGUGAUUCCCAAGCUUCUGGAAGAUCGAGACAAAGGAGUCCGCGAAGAAGGAAAGCAACUAGCCGUAGAACUGUACCGAUGGAUCAGAGAGGCUCUGCGACCACUUUUGCAAUCUCUGAAGCCCAUUCAGGCCUCUGAGCUGGAGGCAGAGUUUGCCAAACUUCCCGCUGACGCACCAAAGCCAGAGCGUCUCUUGCGCUCACAACAGGCACAAGUGGAGGACAGACCCGAUGAAGUUGACCAGGUGGUGGACACUGAAACGGAGACCGCGAUGGAUCCGUACGAGCUCGUGGAUGCUGUCGACCUCCUCGGCCGUCUUCCCAAAGACUUUUACGAGCAGAUAGAAGCAAAAAAGUGGCAGGACAGAAAGGAGGCCCUGGAGAAACUGCUCGAGUUAGCAUCCCAUCCCAAGCUAGAAUCUGGUGACUAUGGUGACCUGGUGAAAGCACUCAAGAAGGCCAUCGGUAAGGACAGCAACGUAAUGGUUGUGUCUCUGGCUUCCAAGUGUCUGGGCUUGGUGGCAGGAGCCUUGCGACAGCGCUUUCAUCCUUACGCGAGCUCCUGCGUCCCCGUACUCUUGGAAAAAUGCAAGGAGAAGAAACCUACCGUAUUGGUGCCCGUGAGGGAAGCCCUCGACCAAGUGGCAAAGCCUCUAACCCUAGAAGCAAUGCUGGAAGACAUCACAACUGCUAUGGACAACAAGAACCCACAGAUCAGGAGUGAGGCAGUAGCAUUUAUGGCGAGGGUAUUGACACGGACCGCUCCGGCCGCCCUCAACAAGAAACUCCUUAAGUCGCUCAUAACUCCAUUGCACAAGACUUUUAACGACCCUGAUCCAAGCGUACGAGAAAAUUCUGCCCAGGCUAUGGGUACUGCCAUGAAGGUGGUCGGCGAGAAAGCGUUCGCACCUUUUCUAGUGGACCUCGACAGCAUUAAGAUGGAAAAAGUGAAAGAAUGCUUUGAAAAAGCUGAGGUUGUGGGCCGAACCAAAGCAAAGACUGAACCAAAGGCUGAACCAAAGACUGAACAAAAGGCCGAACCAAAGGCUGAACCAAGGGCUAAGCCAAGGGCUGAACCAAAGGCUGAAGCAAAAGUGGAACCCAAAGUGGUCGCUCCUCCGAAAGUUCAGAAAGCUAUCAAAGGCGGGAAGCCGCGCAAGCCAGAAGAAGGACGGAAGGCGGAAGCUCCAUUUGUGGAAAACCCCAUGUCGGACGAAGAGGCCAAUGCCCAUUUCCCAGAGGACGUGCGGGAAGCUCUGGUCAGCACCAACUGGAAGGACCGCCUCGCUGCCGUGGACAAGAUGAAAGAGCUGCUGGGAAACGUGCCCGUACAGGCGACUUUGAAGAUACUGUGUCGGAAGCCCGGUCUGAAAGACACCAAUUUUCAGGUGCUGAAAGGGAAGUUAGAGGUGGUGGAGCAGGUGCUGGAGCAUGGUCCAGUGUCCCUAUGCAGUGCCGAUUGUUGCCUAGGAGACCUCGUGGACAAGGUGGGGGACGUCAAGAACGGGGCCUCCGCGGGUGCCGCUCUGUCUGCCCUCGCUCAGGGCACCUCCCUCGACCAUGUCGCUCGAGAGGUGCUGCAGCUGGCUUUCGCCCAAAAGAACCCAAAGAACCAGAGUGAAAGCUUGCUCUGGCUUGCUGGAGCCAUAAAAGAAUUUGGCCUCAGCAUACCUGUCAAAGUGGUCAUUGAGCAUAUCAAGAAAGGACUGUCAGCUUCCAAUCCAGCUGUCAGAGGCGCGUCUAUCACUUUGGCUGGAGUCAUGUACUUGUACAUGGGCAAGACAUUACGCAUGCUCUUUGAAGGGGAGAAGCCCACUCUCCUGCAGCAGUUGGAUUCAGAGUUUGCAAAGCUCGAAGGGCAGAGUGCACCAGUCCCCACACGUGGUCCAAAGUCCACGGAGGUUCAACCAUCAUCAGGGGAGGAUCUCAUUCCACGAACUGACAUCAGGGGAGAGCUGAAUGAGUCCCUGUUGAAUGACCUGGGGGACAAGAACUGGAAGGUACGUCAGGAGGCCCUUCAAAAACUGGCAACCAUCGUGGACAGAGCCAAGUUGAUCACCAAAGAGAUUGGGGAUCUUCCAACUGCGCUGAGGCCGCGCAUGAAUGAUUCAAACAAAAACUUGGCUAUUCAAGCACUCACUAUCGGAAAAGUCCUAGGAGUGGCCUUGGGCCCCAGUUGCACGGUGCACGUUCGCACGUUGGCACCUGGCAUGUUUGCUGCCCUGGGUGACAGCAAGCCUGCAGUGCGUGGAGCUGCCAUUGCCUGCCUGAAAGAGUGGUGCACCCACGUUCCUUUGGGCUCUUUCUUUGAUGGGGACACACUCAAGGAUGCUCUCAAAGUUGAAAACCCUGUGUUACGUACUGAGGUGUUUGGGUGGCUAGCGGAGGUCCUAUCUGAGCGCCGUCAGGGCCUCGAGGGCGGAGACCUGGCUGCCCUUUUGCCCAUCCUCUACCAGUGCUUAGAAGAACGCAGUGCAGACGUUCGCAAAAAGGCUCAGGAUUGUCUCCUGCCCUUCAUGCUUCAUUUGGGCUAUGAAUCUAUGGCUAGGGCCACCACCAAGCUCAAGGCUACUUCCAAGGACAAUGUGCUCACUCAACUGGAUAAGGUCCGAAGCCAGUUACCGGCCAAGGCCCCACCACCACAAGGUCGAGCAACCAUUGUGCGUGGGGGUACACCCAGCGACUCGAGGGAGAACCUAUCUGGAGACAGUGAUACCAGGGCUCCCAACAGGCCUGCAAAAGCCGCAAGGGGUCCUGCAAAGGGAGCCACUAAGACUGCUCCAAAGAAAGAAGAGGAACCUGAACAAGGGGGACCUCUACUGGUGGUUAAUAAUAAUAAGGAGAUCCGCUUCACCUAUGAAAGAGCUCUUAAGGUACUCAAGUGGAACUUCACGACCCCUCGCGAGGAGUUCUACCAGCAGCUGAAAGAACAGAUGGUAGCUGCCAAUUGGGCUGCUCCCUUGGUGGCCAAUUGUUUCCAUUCGGACUUCAAGUUCCACAUUCGCGCCAUCGACAUGCUCUCCGAGUCCUUGAGUCAGGGCCUGGAGCCCACGACUGCCAACCUGGACCUGGUACUUAAAUGGCUGGCACUGCGUUUCUUUGACACAAAUCCAAGCGUACUACUCAAGGCCCUGGAAUACCUGCAGGCCCUGUUUGGGGCCCUUGCAGAGGCAGAGUAUCGGAUGUACGACAUAGAAGCCUCUUCCUUCUUGCCCUACCUUAUACUAAAGACAGGAGACUCCAAGGACACCGUCCGCAAGGGUGUGCACGAGAUACUGAGGAGAGUGUGUAAUGUAUACCCUGCGAGCAAACUCUUCGUGUACCUCAUGCAAGGUGUUGCUUCCAAGAAUGCACGGCAGCGUGCAGAGUGCUUGGAGGAAAUGGGCCAGCUGAUAGCCUCCUUCGGUACCAACGUGUGCGACCCGGCAGCUGCCCUCAAAGAGGUGGCCAAGCAGAUCUCGGACAGAGAUAACAGCGUCCGCAACGCUGCCCUCAAUUGCGUUGUGCAGGCUUAUUUCCACGAAGGCGAGAAGGUGUACAAGCAAGUUGGACACUUGUCCGACAAAGACAUGUCUCUCUUGGAAGAGCGCAUCAAACGGGCUUCUAGGAGCCGUCCCGUGAUCAGUCGUCCCGCUCCCACGAGUCGUCCCCAGUCCGCAGUCUUCCCGUCCACCACCGCCGUGGUGGAGGAGGCCGUGGUGGUACACAGGCACACCCGUUCCGGGACCGUUACUCGCCCCCUGACGCGCCCUCGUUCCAUCGGUCUGGAACUGAGCACCGACGUGGACAACAUGAUUCGCGAACCGCAGCGCACAGCUCAGUAUCGCAACGUGGAUGUGGACGACAUCCUCAGUGAGCCUGAAAUUAACCUUCCGCACAGGAGGCGGCGUGCAGAUAGUCGCGAUGUGUCGCAAGUACUCUCGCAGCUCGCUGCUCAGGAGGUGCCCCUGGUUAUGGAAGCCCUGCUUCAGGUGGAGCAGAUGCUGGAUCGUGAAGAGAUCGCGUCGCGAGCCGACCAGCUUGUCACGAUGCUCUCCCUGCAGUUUCGCCUCGCUCACAACAAACACAUGGAGGACGACCACGUGGCACGUGCAGACGUGGUGCAGCUCUACCUGCGGCUCUGCGCACUCCUGCUCAAGGUGUUCAGCAAGGAGUCAUCCCUGGGACGACGUGUGGGGCGAGACGUCCUCCGUGAUCUCCUGCCCCACCUCCUGACGGUGCUACUGGAUGGGGGGCUGUGUUCGUUGAGGGAUGGUGCUCGUGUCACACAUUCUGUGAACCGGGUGACCCUGCAUGUCAUCCUGCAUGCCCAACCCACUGCUGUUAUGAGUGCACUCAUCAAGCACCUACAUGACUGUGUGAGCACUAUGGGCUCUUCGGAGAAGUACCUCGAUCUUGUACUCAAGUGCUUGUGGAAGAUGAUGAAGAAUAUGGAGAUGUACGUGAACGAGUUGCAACUGGACGCUGUUCUCCAGGACAUCAAUCUCUUCCUAAAGGCAUACCCAGCUUCCUAUUGGGAAGGUCGACCCUCAGACACUCCUCUGCGCACGGUCAAGACCAUCCUGUACAAGCUGUCUGCUCAUAAAGGACAUGAGCUUUUGAAGCAAGCAGAACUUGUGCCUGGUAAAGAGGAGUCUCACCUGGUAGAGCAAAUCCAGAAAAUGCUCAAGUUGCACGCUCGCAAGAGUCAAGUGAACAAGCAGGAGAAAUCCAACAAGACAGAGUGUCGGGAGCUUGUGGAUUCCAAUAAAUACUCCGGGACAACACUCCUGGGUGCCACUCAGGAGGAGAUGAUGGCUUGGACCAGCAGCCAGUGGAUAAUCCAGCUGAAUGCUGUAGCUGAAAAAUGUGGCCAAGCGAGAACAGAUGCCUGGGAAACGGGACCUCCAGUCAGCGGCUCGGACUGUGGGGAUUAUUAUGAGCGAAUCUUGCAAGAGGUUCAACAGCUCCUUAUGCGAAAUGAUUCAAAUAUUUAAAGAUGGAAUAAAUAUGCUUGUACUGUG